AAAUCAUACAAUCCUUACUGUACUUUCACGACCGUGGCCAUCUUGAUGUUGAGAAUAGUCAGAUGAAUAACGCAUACAAUCAGCUGUUCCACGUCAAAAGAUCCCUAGUCAAAAAAUAUCAAUGCAAUAACUAAAUAUGAAUGCAGUUGUCUACUCUGCUGUUAGUCGUAGUUUAUCUACCAGUAUGGCAACCAAAAAACUUGUUUAUCCUGCAGCUGAUCGUAACAAGAAUCCAAUACUUUUAAUUCUUCAAAAAUAUAUUCAACAUAGUCCAGAUCAAAUCUUUUUAGAGAUAUCAUCUGGUAGUGGACAACAUAUAGCCCAUUUUGCUUCUCAUUUUCCUGAAAUAACUUUUUAUCCUUCAGAAUAUGAUCUAAAACUAAUAGAAAGUAUAACAGCUUAUGCAAAUGGAUUUUCAAAUAUAAAGCAACCUUUACAUAUAGAUGUUAAGACAGAUUUUCAUAUUUGGGAGAAUAAUAUAUUUAAAGAAGCCAGUAUUGAUUAUAUAUAUAAUGCAAAUUUGAUACACAUUUCACCUUAUGAAUGUUCUAUUGGUUUAUUUAGUAAUGCGGGUAAAUUAUUAAAAAAAAAUGGUAUUUUAUUUACAUAUGGACCUUAUGCUAUAGAUGGAAAAAUAACGCCAGAAAGUAAUAUUAAUUUCGAUAAAAGUUUAAGACUUCAAGAUCCAAGGUGGGGUCUCAGAGAUAUUAAUGAUUUAAAGGAAUUAGCAGAAAAAAAUGGACUGAAGUUAAUAAAUAUUCAUGAUAUGCCUGCAAACAAUAAAACUAUUAUAUGGAAAAAAUAUUAAAUAUAUUAAUGUAAAUAUAUAAAUAAAUAAUUAUUAAUAAUAAAAUAAAAAAAAUUUUAAUCAUUUUAUUAUGAAAGAUUAUCUUAAAUCUAAUAAAUAUUUUAAAAAUC